AUGGAUAUGAUGUCAGUGAGCACGGCGGCGUUCGCCCCCGCUGCAGCUUCUGGCUCCGACUUACAUUCGAUCCUCAGUUCAACCGGUCCUACCAGGGCAGCGACGUCCACAUCCUCGCUCAACUCCCUGACUGACUACACGAACUACCCCCUGAUCCGCCAGGGUGAUCGCACAUACCUGCGCGAUCCCGAGAGUUUGUACCCUUUACCGUGCGACCUUCCAGAGAUCCAUCGCCAGACCUUGCGCUCCUUAAUGCUGCUGCGCGUUUUCGGCGGCCCUCUCUGCAACCCAUAUUUUGCCGAUCGUCCUCCCCAAAGAGUUCUUGAGAUCGCAUGUGGAUCAGGUCUCUGGUCGAGUUUAUCUCAUGACUACUUCGCCCGUCGCGGCGCGAGCAAUGUUGCUUUCCAUGGUAUUGAUCUCGUUUCCCUAGCGCCCGACCUGCGUAAGAAGGGCGUCAAUUGGCAAUUUAAGCGACAUGAUCUACGAAAGUCCCGCUUGCCUUUCCCAGAUGAUUAUUUCGAUUUCGUCUUCAUUAAAGAUGCGUCCAUGUGUCCCUCCAGUCCCGCGCAGGAGGCCUCCGGCUUGAGCGAGCCGUUGCGCGUCCUCAAACCGGGCGGUGUUCUGGAGGUAUGGGAUUCCGACUCGGUGUUCCGGUCCUUGCUCCCUAAUCCUGCACCCGCCCGUAAAUUAGCAUCGAAGGAACAAGAAGUUGCGGAUGCGACCGCGACGUACACAUUUUCGCCCGCCACGCCAUUCACGCGAGUGCAGAACAAAUUCCUUCAAGACUACAACUCUUGGGUUGAGAAAGCAUUCGACCAGCGCAAGCUCACUGCACUACCAUGCGCCACAAUUGGACUUUCUUUCAACUCCGAGGUGGAUGUUCUAGAGAAGGUUGAUAGCCGCCGAAUUGCUAUACCACUAGGCGACUUACGGUGGGAACGAGAAAGCAAGGACUUGAGUGGUGGAGCGCGCAAGCAAUUAACGGCUGAUCAAAUGUCCAUCCGGCGCACGGCGCUUCUAACAGUUAUCCAAAUGAUUGAGGGAAUGGAACCCAUCCUCAUGGAGGCCAGCGGGAAGAGUAGAGACGAAUGGGAUAGGUGGUGGACGGCUAUGAUGGCCGAUGUGUUCCAGAAAGGGGGGCUCGCAAACGGCGAAUGUUUGGAAGUGAGUGCUUGGUGGGGUCAAAAGAAACGCCCUAGCAUGCAGAAGUCAUAG